UACGACCGCCACAAAAAGGACUCCCUCGAGAAGCAGAAGAAGGGCUCCGGCCACUGGAAGCCCGAGCUCGCGUCCGACAGCGAAGAGGCCGUCAGGGCGGACCGGGCGUCGCGCGAGCACACGCCCGAGCAGCUGAGGGAGCUGCAGGAGAGGACUAAG